GCGUUGUUAUUCUACGAGGCUAGCUGAUAGUUCACCUUGGCUUGAUCAUUCUCCUGUACUUUUAUAGUCCCUGCUCACGCUGUCCUUUGCUGGAUGUCAGUGACAAUGGCACGUUGCUCAGUGUGCUCUCGUUUCGCGAGGUUCAUGGAGACGGACGAACCCGUGGUGCCGCAACGUCCGGCGCGUGUGCAACCAGAAGCAGUCGGUAAUGACGUCCAGUCGUGCCGCUACGCCGAGGAGCCGGCCUUCAGAGAGCGGCACGGUGACGUGGUCGACAUGGCGGUGAACUCGCCGUUCCAAGCGCCUGUGCUCCCGACGGCGCGUCCGGUGUCAAUAAGCAUGCCGGCGUCGCCGAGAAGGACGGAGGUGGAGCUGCAGCGGCACGCCAUCACGGACGCGCCGCUGAUGUGUCCGCUCCCGUCGCGCGGCCCCGCGGCCAUGGCACUCGCGCAGCCUGACAAGAUGGUGUUCCGAUCCCAGCCGAUCCCCGCGGCGCCGCCUCAGGCCAAGAACUCCCAGGUGAACCACGACUCGAGCCGGAGCGCGCAACCACCGCGCGUGGAGAGUACCAGCAGGUCCCGCAGGGACACGAGCUACGACUCGUUCAAGACGUGGUCCGGGAAGCUGGAGAAGCAGAUCACGACGCACCUGCUAGGCGCCAGGCCGCAGCAGCAGGAGCAGGAACAAGGGGUGCCCGAGGAAGAGGAGGGCGCGGCGAGCAACCGCCGCAGGUCCUCCCUGCCCAGAGUGCAGCGCUUCUUCGCUGCGCUGGAAGGCCCUGAACUCGACAAGCUGAGGGUACUGACAUCAGUAGCUAACAACUCGCGCGCUGUUCAUGUGAACGUUACACGACAUGUCUCGAGCUUGAUCAUGCUCUGGUUGCACGCUUGCACGUACGUAGCUGACCGACGUAUUGUUGUUGCCGUUGUGUCGUGGCAGUCCUCGGAGGAACUGAUCCUGCCGUCCGACAAGACGUGGCCGUUCCUGCUCCGAUUCCCGGUGUCGGCGUUCGGCAUGGGCAUGGGCAUGAGCAGCAUGGCGAUCCUGUGGAAGAGGAUCGCGAUCUCGGCGUCGACGCGGUUCCUGCACAUCACGCUCAAGAUCAACCUGGUGCUCUGGUGCAUCUCGGUGGCACUCAUGUUCAUCCUCUCGACGCUGUACGCCUGCAAGAUCGUCUUCUACUUCGAGGCGGUGCGGCGCGAGUACUACCACCCGAUCCGCGUCAACUUCUUCUUCGCGCCGUGGAUCGCCUGCCUGUUCCUGGCCAUCGGCGUGCCGGAGCUGGUCGCGACCAGCCUCCCGCACUGGCUCUGGUACGUGCUCAUGGCGCCCAUCGUGUGCUUGGAGCUCAAGAUCUACGGGCAGUGGAUCUCCGGUGGGCAGAGGCGGUUGUCACGGGUGGCGAACCCGUCGAACCACCUGUCGAUCGUCGGCAACUUCGUCGGCGCACUGCUCGGCGGCAUCAUGGGCCUGAAGGAGGGCCCCCUCUUCUUCUUCGCCGUCGGGCUGGCGCACUAUAUCGUACUGUUCGUGACGCUGUACCAGAGGCUGCCGACGAGCGAGACGCUGCCCAGGGACCUCCACCCGGUGUUCUUCCUGUUCGUGGCCACGCCCAGCGUUGCCUGCCUGGCGUGGGCGAGGAUCACCGGCGAGUUCGAUUACGGGUCCCGGAUCGCCUACUUCAUCGCCAUGUUCCUCUACGCGUCACUCACUGUGCGGAUCAACCUGUUCCGGGGGUUCCGGUUCUCGCUGGCGUGGUGGGCGUACACGUUCCCGAUGACGAGCGCGGCGAUCGCGUCGAUCCGGUACUCGUCGGAGGUGAAGAACGCGUUCACGCAGUCGAUGUGCAUCGGGCUCUCGGUGGCCGCAACGCUGACGGUGAUGGCGCUCUUCUUCACCACGCUACUGCACGCGAUAGUUCAGCGCGACCUCUUCCCCAACGACAUCGCCAUCGCCAUCACGGAGCGCAGGCUCAAGCCCAGCUUCACGACGGGGAUGACGCAGGAGCGCGGCAGCAAGGCGGCGCUCGCCCCAGCCCCCUCCGACGCUUGCAGGGACCUGGAAGCCGCCGUUGCGACGUCGUAUACGUAAACCGAUCGGCUGGGCAACUGUGACGGACAUGACUGAUGCGUUGAUGGAUCUCUAGCUUGGACGUGAGAAUUCGAGCGUUUGCUAUCGUCUGUGGAGUUGGCUACCGUGCGCGGCAUGCAGUUAGCUUAGCUGUGGGGAACCAACACGUCGUGUGAGACUCGAUUCGAGUGUGACCGGUCGACGGGAGUUGAUCGCGCGUGCUCUGGUGGAUGAUGCGUGGACACGAGAUGGAAGACAGUGGAUCGAUCAGGGCAUGAAUGAUCCGAUCGAUCUGCGUGGUGAUGUAGAUAGGAGAGUUGUGUUGCAUAUUGUUAUUUGCUACUUCAUGCGUAAGAUAUGGUACGCGUAGCUCAAUAUGUCGGUCUCUGCAUGUACAUUACGGAUCACCGAGGAAAAUCAUGCGUGAAUACUUUUCUUGUAGAAUGUACCGGAGAUG